AUGGGUUCGUCUGGAAUGGGAAUCGACGCCAACGGAAAGCCAAUCAAGAGACAGGCUCCAGCCAAUAAUAAGAAGCCUGGAAACAACCAGAAAAAAGGAGGCAACAAUAACAACAAUAAUAAAAACAACAACAAUCGCAACCAAAAUGGAGGAAACCGCAAUCAAAACAACCGUAAUCAACAUCAACAUCCAAAUAUGAUGGGAAUGGUUCCGCCAUUCGGUCCAAUGGGUCCAGGAGGACCAGGUGGUCCAUUCAUGGGUCCACCAAACGGAAACUUCAACUACUUCCCAGGACAACAAGGUCCACCACAACAGAACCGUCGUAACGGUGGUGGAAAGAAUGCUUAUCGACUAAUAGUAGUCAUACUCUUCUCAGAGUGUCGGGAUUUUGAAAAAUUCUUGAAUUUAAAAAAAAAGAAAAUAGUUUUGGGCUCCAAGUUUUGUGAUGCUAAAAACAUCUUUUUAAAUUUCAACCCAUUUAUUGAUUUCUCAUUGGAAGCCACGCUUCUCAAAAUCUAUUGGGAAACUGUAGUGACUGUGACUGGAAUCAUAAAUAGAUACAAUGGACCAUCGGCUAACAAUGUGGGACAAGGUGCUAUCGGAGCUAACAUGAAUCAAUCUUUCGGAGGACCCGAAUCAUCUGCUAUGGAGGUUCCAGGAUUCGGAAAGAACAGCAACAUUCACGAGUUGUUCGGAAAGAUGAUCUGGAGAAAAAUGGAGCAGAUUCAGGAUGCUGCUCUCGUCGAUCAACUUCAGAACCGUAUUAUGAAUCUCAUCCACGACGCACUUGCUGGACAAAACGAGAAGCAACAACAACAACAAGGAGGAUUCAAUCAGCAGCAACAACAACAAAGAAACAUGCCGUUUGGAGGGCCAGUCAAUCCAAGCGGACCAUUCGGCAACGGCUCUGGAUAUAACCGCUUCUAA